AUGCAGUCAGCGCCAAACGCAAACUGGCUCAAGGAGGUCGUCUGUCCGCCAAAUACGACGCUGGACCUUGCUAAACUCUUUGCAAGUAUCGUCGCAGUUCAUGGAAUGAACAUCACAAACAGACCGGAUCAUGCGGAGAAUACCUGGACCGACCAAGAGACUGGCACAAACUGGCUUAAAGAUCUUCUUCCAAGCAUAGUCCCUUACGCGAGGAUCCUGGCAUACUGUUACAAUGCCAACAUCCUGUUUGGGGCAUCGGCGGCGGGCAUAAAAGAGCAGGCCGACAACUUGCUGUUGUGUCUAUCCAACAAGCGAAAGGCAGCCCCAGCACGUCCGAUAAUCUUCAUCACACAUAGCAUGGGCGGAAUUCUGGUGAAAGAGGCCAUUGCGACUGCCUACCAUGGCGACGGGACCUAUGCUUCAAUACCGGCGAUGACCUACGGGAUUUUCUUCUUCGGCGUUCCGCAUUACGGCUCCCAGCAUGCCUCCUGGGGGCAGACAGCCGCUCAGGUCAUCCGCAGUUUGAACAAUCAGGUCAACCAUUCGUUUUUACAAGCCGUCGAGGCGCAAUCGUCGUACAACGAUGCGCUCAAUGUCAGAUUCCGGCCUCUACUGGAGGCGUAUAGGUUCUUUACAAUUUGCGAGACCAUAUAUGAGGUGGUCGGGGGAGUCAAUGUUGGGUUGAUUGUCGAUAAGAGUUCGGCUGUCUUGAAAGAAUGUCCUAAGCAGGUCACGUAUUCGCCGAACCGGACACAUAGAACUCUGUGCAAGUUCUCCAGCAUGGAUCCCGAGUGGCAGGAAAUCUCAGGCAUGUUGAGCAGCGCGGCGAAUCAAGCUGUCCAUUGUGUCUUCUACAGUCCCCUCCCUUUCAUGCGCGCGGGGAUAUUGCAGGAUCGCCCGUGGAACCUAGAAGAUAUUGAAGAAAGACCCUCAGUCCCCUUAUGUAUAGCCAUAACCGAUGCAGAGAAGUGUCACGAGGUCAUAACACAGGAUCUGCAGCCCAACGGUAGGCUUUAUCGGCGUCAGGAGGAGAUCAACCAGCUCAAUAGUGAGGUUGCAGCCUCCGUCAGCUGGCUAUGGUCUUUUGUUAUGCACAUUAUCGGCCUCCACUUCCUGAUCCCAUACAUGAUAGCCAGUGUUUUCCUUCCGAGCAGAGACGACGUUGCAGCAAAUGCGGACAGGGCGCAGGCGCAAGAGCAACGUAUAAUGGGCAUCGAGAAGGACAUGAUUCAGCGUUUUGACGAAAACCAAUGCUUGGCAUUUAAGAACAUCAUGCUGCUGGAGGGUGCUUUGGCAUACCAGCCGCUGGAAGGUAUGACGGGGCCUAGGGCGGAUAAGCUGGCUCAUGGUAAGAGGUUGCUCAGAACUCUGCACGAGGACGUUGUGCGGAUGAUCUUGGAAACUCAGCGACACGACAGGUCGUAUGUUGAGGCACGGCGAAGGGUUAAUCUGAUCGAGGAUGCGAAGAGGGAGACGACGGGUAAAAGCGAUAGCGAAUACUGGGCUGCGAUUGGGGAAAAGGUACGCGAGGAGCAGAGGUUCCAAGAGAGGAUGAGGGUUGAGGGUUUUCCACAACCGCCGCAGGGCGAGGGGUGGAUUUGCCCAUGUGUUAUCCUUUGA